CUCUCUCUCUCUCUCUCUCUCUCUCUCUCCAUUUUUCUAAUAAUGAAUGCCAACAGAGAGGAGUCGACAGAGGCAGGAGGCAGUCCAGCUCAAAAUUUCCCCAUUUCCGCAACCGUUACUUGGUCCCCGCAUCAACUGCGGGCGAACACUAGAUGCUCAUUUAGAUUUGCUCGCCAAACUCGCUUCACCGACGCGAAUCCUGACUACCCCUUCGCCCGAUCCGGAGAGAGCGACGCCGGCGGCCUGCUUUCUUGCAGUUUCUGCGAUGCAGUUGACAUACAGAUGUCUGCCGAACGUGUGGUGGACUUCCUUUAGUUGAGGGAGACGGGGAGUAUGAUCAUGGAGCACUCUCAGGUGACUACAACGGGAAACCAGCGCAAAAAUUCAAGUUCAAGUAGGAACUCCCUGGUAGCAGCUGUCAAUAACGGGAAAAAUAUUAGCAAGAGAAAUCCAAAAGCAGGAUCACAGAAUGCUCCUUGGGAUAUCUUUUCUCUAAGCCAUAGUCGGAGUGGUGGUAGAGGUGCAGUUGGCCAUGUUGGCUUGUUUUUGCUCAAAGUUGCGGCAUUGGAGGCUGUACGAAGGGUCUCAAGGUCCAAGUGUCCUCCUGUAUGGCGUGGUGUUCAGGCAUUGCAGUUUCUUUGCUAUCCACCAUUCAAGUGGAUUCAGAGAUGGGCACCGUUCAAGGGUUUGGUUCAAGGCGUGCAGAUGAUAUCAAGACCACUGCUGGUCCUUUCAGUUGCAACAGCAUUGUCUGAAGAAUUAAGUAGCUGUAAUGAACCUGAGGAUAAUAAUGAUGGUUCUCAUGCAUAUCUGGAAGCAUCUCCAGAGCCACCUUCUAGUCAUUCAGCGCCUGAUGCAAGGUACAUGGCUGAGAGCUAUCAAGAUUUUGAUAGCAAUGCACUCAUUGUAGCACCAGAAAAUUGGAUGUUGGAACUAUACAGAGAGCUAGAAAUUCAAGGGAUCACAUUGCCAGAAAGAAUAAAUGAAGAUGAGAUACGCAGAUUUUAUACUGCAUCAGAUGGAGACUUCCAGAGCUUUUUGUUAUCAAUUAAGAAAACAAUACGCUGGAGAGAAACUUACAGAAUUCUUUCAGAACAUGAGCUUCAAACGUGGUCAAAUGUGGUGUUCUGGCAUGGAUAUGACCUGGAGAAUCAACCUUGCCUUAUUGUACGGCUUGGACUAGCUUGCACAAACUUGCAAAGCCAGGAUAGGCCUCGAUUUGUUCAAGCAGUCAUAUCUCAGGUAGAACAUGGAAUCCUUCAUUUGGUCAACAAAGAUAGUCCUCAAGUUAUGGUUAUUGUGGAUUGUGCUGGGAUAACUCCUCUGCGAAUUCCCAUGCAAAUGGUGAGAUCUUGUUCUUCAUAUCUGCAACAUAACUUCCCCAACCGCCUUGGACGCUUGCUCAUCAUAAGACUCCCUCCAGUUGCUCGUGUUAUCGCCCAAACCUUUCUUCAGGUACUAAAACCGGUUACUAAGAAGAAGCUGAGAGUUGAAGGGAAGAUGUAUCAGAGGGUUCUCUCUGAGUAUCUCCAGACCGUCCCAGCUUAUCUUGGUGGCAGCUGUACUUGCCAGAAAUGCCUGGACACGACUGGCAAUCAGGCCGUGCACCGGUUAGCAAAUGAGAUGAACAAGAGAGUUCUCGAUGGAUACAUGACCACUGGUGAAGAUCAGGGUUCAUUGCUUCUCACGUCUCAGGUUGAUGGUACGCCGAACGGUGAGUGGGACCACCUGCUGAGAACUGCUGUGAUUGGCAUUCUCAUGGCGUGGAUCUUCGUGGCUUUGGCUGUUGGGUUCUAUGAUCCUGAAAGUCGUCCAUUUUAGCCCGUCCUCAAUCUGUGUACUGAGGAUGGAGUGGUUUUUUCCACUCGAUUUUCCAAGUUGUUUGCGCUAGCUGUUUUAUGUGGAAUAAUCAAUAAAUAAUGGAGAUCGAUUUGGUUGUGAUGUGUGUAUAUCUAGGUGUAGGUGUAAGGUGUGCCAUUCUUUCUUCUUUUAGGAUGAAGGAACCAAUGAAAGACGGGAAAGCGCUUUGUAAUGACUAAAAUUGUAGAGCUUGAUAAGACUUGAUGCAGUGGCACAGGCUAUUUUUGAUGUCCAUCUAGCAGGAACUACUUGUGAGGACUAAAAUGCCACAACUAACGAGGGUUUAAGGUCACUUAUAGCUUAUGUAUCUCGUUUAGGGGUGGGCAUUGGUGCGGUUCGAACUGCACCGUAUCGUUUUGAUAUAAAUCGCACAACAUAUUAAUUGGACCGCACCGCAUGAUGGACCGUAAUGUA